CUAGAUAAGUUCAUGAAGAAGAAGGAAUUGUUCAUGGGUCAUCAAAUUGAUUAUUACCCAGAAUGCACUGAGAGGGAGCAGGGGGAUCCUGAGGCCCUGUACACAGUUGAGAAGAUGCUGGAGACCUGUGGCAGUGAGAGGUCUCUGAAGAUAACACUCCACAUCCUGAGGAACAUGAAGGAGAAGGAUCUCGCCGACUCACUGGAGAGAGAUGAGCUGCACAAUGAAUCCAUAAAAAGAGCCCAGCAGGUACUGAAAACCCAACUGAAGAAGAAGUUUGAAUGCACAUUUGAAGGUUUAGCAACGCAGGGCCACCCAACCCUCCUCAAUGAGAUCUAUACAGAGCUCUACAUCACAGUGGGGGGAAGUGGGGGGGUCAAUAAUGAACACGAGGUCAGACAGAUUGAGACAGCAUCCAAGGGGAAAACCACACAGGAGACUGCAAUCAUCUGCAAUGACAUCUUUAAGCCUUUACCUGGACAAGAGAAACCCAUGAGAACUGUGCUUACAAAGGGCAUUGCUGGCAUUGGGAAAACAGUCUCUGUGCAGAAGUUCAUUCUGGACUGGGCAGAAGGAAAAGCCAAUCAGGACAUUGAUUUCAUCUUCACACUUCCUUUCCGCGAUCUGAAUUGCAAGAAGGAACGAACAUUCAGUCUGAUGCAACUUCUGCAGCAUUACUUUCCACAACUGCAAGGGAAAAGUGUUGAAAGUGAUGAAGUCAAAGUUGCGUUUAUCUUUGAUGGUCUGGAUGAAUGUCGACUUCCUCUAAAUUUCCAAAGCAAUGAGACCUGCUGUGAUAUAACAAAGUCAUCACCAGUGGAUGUGCUGCUGACCAACCUCAUUAAGGGAAAUCUGCUUCCCUCUGCUCUCCUCUGGAUCACCUCCCGACCCGCAGCAGCCAGUCAGAUCCCUCCUGAGUGUGUCCACCGAGUAACAGAGGUACGAGGGUUCAAUGACUCACGGAAGGAGGAGUACUUCAGGAAGAGAAUCCGAGAUGAGAACCAGGCCAGCAGAAUUAUCUCACACAUAAAAUCAUCCAGGAGUCUCUACAUCAUGUGUCACAUUCCGGUCUUCUGCUGGAUUUCUGCUACUGUUCUGGAGACAAUGUUGGGUAAAGCAGAGAGUGGAGAUCUGCCCAAAACUCUGACUGAAAUGUACACACACUUCCUGCUCAUUCAGACUAAUGUGAAGAAUCAGAAGUAUGAUGAUACCAAAGAGACAAACCCAAAGAAAAUGUCAGAGUUGGAUGCAAAAAUCAUCCUGAAACUGGGGAAGUUAGCUUUUCUACAGCUGGAAAAGGGCAAUCUGAUAUUCUAUGAGGAGGAUCUGAGAGAGAGUGGCAUUGAUGUCAGUGAAGCUUCAGUGUACUCUGGGGUGUGCACAGAGAUCUUUAAAGAGGAGUGUGGGUUGGGUCAGGAGAAGGUCUACUGCUUUGUGCAUCUGAGCAUUCAGGAGUUUUUGGCUGCCUUGUUUGUGUUUCAUUCAUGUGUAAAUGAGAACAGAAAUGUACUCAGACCGGGAAAGAAAGUAUCCCAAGAAACACUUGAAAAAGAUGGUGGUGGUGAUGAUUUUGAUGAUGAGGUGGAUGAAGUGGAGGGGAGUGAUGACAAUGAUGAUUAUGAUUAUUAUGAUGAGGAGGAUGAAAGGAGUGAUGACAAUGAUGAUUAUGAUGAUCAUGAAGAGGAGAAAUCUGAUGGUUAUGAUUUUGAUAUUGAUUAUGAUGAAAAUGAUGAUUAUGAUGAUGAGGAGGAUGAAGAGGAGAGGAGUGAUGACAAUGAUGAUUAUGAUGAUCAUGAAGAGGAGAAAUCUGAUGGUUAUGAUGAUUUUGAUAUUGAUUAUGAUGAAAAUGAUGAUUAUGAUGAUGAGGAGGAUGAAGAGGAGAGGAGUGAUGACAAUGAUGAUUAUGAUGAUGAAGUGGAGGGGAGUGAUGACGAUGAUUAUGAUUAUUCUGAUGAGGAGGAUGAAGAGGAGAGGAGUGAUGACAGUGAUGAUUAUGAUGAUCAUGAGGAGAAGGAAGAAGUUGAGAAAGUGGAGAAGGUUGAUGGCAACAGAGUGCAGCUGUCUGAGUUACACAGGAGUGCAGUGGAUCAGGCCUUAGAGAGUAAGACUGGACACCUGGACCUUUUCCUCCGAUUCCUUCUUGGCCUCUCUCUGGACUCCACGCAGACUCUCUUAGGAGGACUACUGACACAGACAGGACAUAGAUCAGAGAGCAAUAAGAAAACAAUCCAGUACAUUAAGAUGAAGAUUGAACAGGAAUACUCUGUGGAGAGGACCAUCAAUCUGUUUCACUGUCUCAAUGAACUGAAUGACAACUCACUAGUGGAGGAAAUCCAGAAUUCCCUAAGAUCAGGAAAACUCUCUGAUAAUGAGCUGGAACCACACCAAUGUUCAGCUCUGGCCUUUGUGUUACUGAUGUCGGAGGAGAUCCUGGAUGAGUUUGACUUGAGGACCUACAACACAUCAGCAGCUGGUCUGAUGAGACUGGUAGCAGCAGUCAGAAACUGCAGGAAGGCCAUACUGAACAGCUGUGAUCUCACGGAGACGUCCUGUGAUAUUGUGGCCUCAGCUCUCCAGUCAUCAAACUCACCCCUGAGAGAUCUGGACCUCAGCUACAAUAAGCUGAGAGAUUCUGGAGUGAAGUUGCUCUGCGCUGGACUGAUGAGUCCAAACUGUAAACUACUGAGACUUGGACUGAGCAGCGGUGACCUCACAGAGAAGUGCUGUAAUGUUGUGGCCUCAGCUCUCCAGUCACCAAACUCAACCCUGAGAGAUCUGGACCUCAGCUACAAUAACCUGGGAGAUUCAGGAGUGAAGCUGCUCUGUGCUGGACUGAUGAGUCCAAACUGUAAACUACAGAUACUGGACCUCAGCUACAAUAACCUGGGAGAUCGGAGCGUGCGGCGGUUCUGUGGUGGACUAAUGAGCCCAAACUGUGAACUACAUAGCUUGGACCUCAGCUACAAUAACCUGGGAGAUUCAGGAGUGAAGCUGCUCUGUGCUGGACUGAUGAGUCCAAACUGUAAACUGCAGAGGCUGGGACUGAACAGCUGUGACCUCACAGAGAAGUGCUGUGAUAUUGUGGCCUCAGCUCUCCAGUCAUCAAACUCACCCCUGAGAGAUCUGGACCUCAGCUACAAUAACCUGGGAGAUUCAGGAGUGGAGCUGCUCUAUGCUGGACUGAGGAGUCCAAACUGUAAACUACAGAGACUGGUACUGAACAGCUGUGACCUCACGGAGAAGUCCUGUGAUAUUGUGGCCUCAGCUCUCCAGUCAUCAGACUCACUCCUGAGAGAUCUGGACCUCAGCUACAAUAACCUGGGAGAUUCAGGAGUGGAGUUGCUCUGUGCUGGACUGAUCAGUCCAAACUGUAAACUACAGGUAAUGGGGCUAGGUUGGUGUAAUCUCACAGGCAGCUGCUGUGAUGUUCUGGCCUCGGUCCUGCGUUCUCCUCACUCAGAGCUGAGAGAUCUGGAGCUCAGAGACAACGAGCUGCAGGAUUCAGGAGUGAGAGCGCUCUCUGCUGGCCUGGAAGAUCCACACUGUAAACUGAGACUGGGACUGUCAGGCUGUGGAGUCACACAGACAGGCUGUGAUUCUCUGGCUUCAGCUCUAUGUUCAAACCCCUCACACCUGAGAGAGCUGGACCUGAGAUACAAUCACCCAGGAGACUCAGGAGUGAGAGCGCUGUCUGCUGCUAAACUGGACACACUCACACUGCUUGUGGACCAUGGAGGAGAGAACAGGACCGAACCAGGACCCAGGAAAUACGGCUAUCAGCUCACACUGGAUCCAAACACAGCGCACAAAAUGCUGUCUCUGUCUGAGGGGAACAGGAAGGUGACACACACACUGGGGAGAGAGGAGCAGCCAUACCCUGAUCGUCCGGAGAGAUUUGAGUCUGUGCCCCAGCUUGUGUGCAGAGAGAGUGUGUGUGAGCGCUGUUACUGGGAGGCCGAGUUCAGUGUGUCUGAGGGGGGAGAGGCUUCUAUAGCAGUGACAUAUAAAGGAAUCAGCAGGAAAGAAGGGGUUUCUGACUGUGAGUUUGGAGGGGAUGAAAACUCCUGGAGUCUGGAGUGCAGUGAACACAGUUACUCUGUCAGGCACAAUAAGAAACAAACACCAGCCUCCCCCUCCCCCUACCAUAGAGCAACAUUGCGUAAUGAUGAUGAUGGUAGAGGAGUGUGUGUGUGCAGGGUAGGAGUGUGUGUGGACCAUCUGGCCGGCACUCUGUCCUUCUACAGCGUCUCUGACACACUGACCCUCCUGCACAGAUUCCACACACGCUUUGCUGAAAACACACCCCUCUGUGCUGGAUUUGGAGUGUAUGACUCCUCAGUGUCCCUCUGCCAACUGGAGUAGAGUCACACACACACACACACACACAUACACUCUCAUAUUCACUCACACAUACACACCCACACACACAC